UCAUACUUCGAUAAAGCUAUCAAUAAUGCAGCCAUACUCAAGAUCAGGUGGAACUAGAAGAUGUUUCUAUGAAUUCCAAACAUUCAUGGAAUGUUACACCAACGCUGAUACCAAAACCACCAAGGAAUGUACCCCAGUGUUUAACGACUACUAUGAAUGUUUGCACGGUGUCAAGGAAAGAGAAAAGGCUAGACUCAUGUUGCAACAAUUGAGAGACAACGAGGCUACCAAGAAUGGUGUCACUGCUGCACAAUUGUUCAAGUCUUCUGGAAACGUUUACGAGAACUUGGACUUGGUAAAGUAAAUGUGAAGUAGUUCCAUGAAAAGAGGCUGCUGAAUUUCACACCGAUACUCAACUUUACCUCCUGUUGGACCACUCCUAAAUACACCUGUAAAUUAUUAGUCUUUAACGUGAGAGAAGAGCUCUUCAUUUCUUUUCUUCCACAGUAGAAUGCAUAGACCAACUGGCGGUUUGCCAG